AUGAUACUGCGAGAUACGAAAGUUUAGACCUCUCUCUAACUCUCCCCCUUAUUUUUCGCUAGUGUGUCGGACAAGAAUUUUACUUUGUGAUCGUUUAUCCAUGUUGCUGAAUGGAAAAGAAGACGAAAAUCUUAACUGUUCCAUGGAAUGACAGACAAAAUGGCGGCCUGAGAAUGGAGGGAGAGCCGGACUGGAUCAGUCGAAUGGCGGAGGAGCAGGUGAUCGUCAGGCAGUCCAGCGGUGAGGAGGCGGACCGGUCCUCAAGUGAGGGCGCGCAGGAAGAUGAGGACCCGAAUGGGGUAAUCCAUUUCAACAACGACAGAAGCAGUAAUACAUCAGUGUAUAACAAUGUGUCUCGGCAUCAUGUGGCGGACAAAUCCAGACAGACAGAGUAUACAAACGUUGGCAAAAAAUACAUAGUGACCGGAAACGGACAUAAUUCUAACCAUCUACACAACGGACAAUCGCACAAAGUGCAUUACGCUGACAAUAUAGGAAUUAUUUCCACGAAAAAUUCCCCGCCAAGUUCUAUAAAUGAACUAGACAAAAAGAAACAGAAAGAGAUAGAAAGAAAGAGGCGCCGGAGGAUAUGUACUGUGAUUCUUCUGUUACUCCUGGCUUUAAUCAUUGGGUUCGGAGUCGGGCUAUUAGUGUAUUUCUUAUUAAUGAAUGGUGGAUCAAACCAAUCCCUGCAAGAGGCACAAAGAGAAUCGAUUCUCGUAAAGUUGAAGCUGCCAAUCUUAAAUGAAACCUACACACCCGAUAUGGCAAACGUCAAUUCCAGUGAUUUUCGACGUAUUUCGGAACCCCUCUGUGAGGAGAUGGAAUUUUACUUUCAACACGAAAAAGGUUUCGUUAAAUGCAAUAUCAAUGAAAUAAGAAACGUUUCCAAAUCCAUUGAGUGCACCUGCAAAUCAACAACACAUAAGAGGGAUCACACUUCCCUAGAAGUGGGGGUGGAUCUAACGUUUGUCGAAUCACUGCGAGCAGAGGACAUCCUCCGGAUACUGGACACCAAGGCCAAGAAGGUGUUCUUUGACGGAUUCGAGGUGGUGUUGAUAAAGAACUUCAUCGUGGACAUCAAAGGAAACGGCCAGAAUGGUGGAUGUCUCCCAUCACCAUGCCAGAACAAUGGAAUCUGCCAAACCACAGAUGAUGGAGAUAUAUCAUGCGCAUGCCCAGUUGGAUGGACCGGAACACGAUGUGAAAUUGACAUCAAUACUUGCAUCCGGUUUCCUUGUGGAAACAACGGAGUCUGUCAUGAAAAGCUUGGAGAAGAUUCAUGUAUUUGCAAACGAGGCUGGGACGGACGCCAGUGCGAAAUAGAUGUGAACGAGUGUUUGAACGUUCCGUGUAAGAAUGGCGCCACCUGUGUGAACACGGACGGUUCCUUCUACUGCACCUGUCCCUCCUCCUGGGAGGGCGCCUUCUGUGACAUCGACAAAGACGAUUGUGCAAGAUUCCCGUGCCAGCAUGGCGGUACCUGUACAAACGACAUCGGGUUUUAUAACUGUACGUGUAUCCCAGGAUGGACAGGACAGGACUGCCACCAAGAUGUGGAUGAAUGUGUCCUCACCCCUUGUUCUAACGGAGGGACCUGCCAGAACACCCUGGGGUCGUACCUGUGUAACUGUCCCGCAGGCUGGAUCGGAAGACAUUGUGACGUCGAUGUCGACGAAUGUGUCAAUUUUCCGUGUCAGCGAAGCGGUAUUUGCCUCAACACCAACGGGUCCUACACGUGUAAAUGUCCCAAUGGCUGGGAGGGCCAGAACUGUGAAUUUGAUGUAAACGAAUGCACAUCCAAUCCUUGUCAAAAUGGCGGAUUUUGUGAGAAUACAAAUGGGUUCUAUCAGUGUCGGUGUGGCGACGGAUGGAUGGGCCAAAACUGCCAGAUCGAUGUUGACGAAUGCCUUCAGUUCCCAUGCCAACAUGGCGGUCAGUGUCGUAAUUUGAAUGGGACCUAUUUCUGUGACUGUCCCGCGGGGUGGAUGGGACCGCAAUGUCAGUUUGACGUAAACGAGUGCGUACGACAGCCGUGUUCUAACAAUGCUGUGUGUGUCAAUGACAUGGGGUCCUACCGCUGUGUGUGUCCUGACGGCCUCACGGGACAGAACUGUGACUACGACAUAAACGAAUGCGUGUCAUCUCCUUGCUUAAACAACGGGACCUGUACAAAUACGAUUGGAUCAUACACCUGUGCGUGUUCGACUGUGUUUUCUGGAAAACACUGUGAAAACAAGUUAACAAGCUGCUUCUCCAUCACGUGUUACAAUGGAGGCACGUGCCAGGAGAACGCGGGAAAAGACACGUGUAUCUGUCAACCCGGCUGGACAGGAGACCAGUGUCAAUACGAUGUGAACGAGUGCCAACAGAACCCUUGCAAGAAUGGCGGGGUGUGUAACAACGUCGUAGGGUCGUAUGUGUGCACGUGUUCAGUGGGAUUCAAAGGGAAGGACUGUUCAGAGGAUGUAAACGAAUGUUUACAGAAUCCUUGCUCUAACAGCGUAACUUGUCAGAAUGUACCCGGAAGUUACACGUGUGUAUGUAAUUCCGGAUGGGCUGGGCAAGACUGCGACAUUGAUAUCAACGAAUGUUUGCGGAACCCUUGCAAAAAUCUCAGUCCAUGCACCAACUCUCCCGGAUCCUAUUCAUGCGCAUGCUCCCCGCAGUGGUCAGGACAAAAUUGCGACAUUGACGUUAACGAGUGUCUGUACUCACCGUGUCAUCACAAUGGCCGCUGUGACAACUUCCAGGGAGGCUACGUCUGUUCCUGUAAGAAUGGCUGGACGGGACAAAACUGUAAUGUCGAUAUUGACGAAUGCACGACCAAUCCCUGCAGUAAUGGCGCCCGGUGCGUUAACAUCGACGGUUCCUACGUGUGUAACUGUCCCAGUGGGUGGACCGGCUCAUUGUGUACCAUAGAUGUGAACGAGUGUGAUCAGAAUCCAUGCCUCCACGCCAGUGGGUGUGUGAACCGCCCCGGGAACUACAGCUGUCAGUGUCUGGCCGGGUGGACCGGGGUCAACUGUGAACAAGAUGUCAAUGAAUGUGCUACUUUCCCCUGUCUGAACGGUGGACUUUGUGUGAACACAGACGGUUCAUUCCAGUGUUCAUGUAAAGAUGGGUUCACUGGUUCACGCUGUGAACAAGAUUUUGAUGAAUGCCAGGAUACCCCGUGUAACAACGGGUUUUGCCUGAACUCCAAUGGAGGUUAUUCUUGUUCAUGUUAUGUUGGAUGGACCGGACUCCGCUGUGAUAUCGAUAUCAACGAAUGUCUAAACAUUCCAUGUAUACACGGGGCCUGUAGUAACACGAUAGGAUCCUAUACCUGCCAGUGUAACCCGGGAUGGAGGGGAAGCAAUUGUGACAUCGAUAUCAAUGAAUGCUCCAACAACCCUUGUAUCAACGGUAGUUGUACCAACACUGCGGGGUCCUACCAAUGUCAGUGUUUCAAUGGAUGGACCGGAACCAACUGUGAUCAAAAUGUGAACGAGUGUAUCUCCGGUCCAUGUCAAAAUGGCGCCGUUUGUCAAGAUUUUGUAGGAUCCUUUAUCUGUAGCUGUCUCGCUGGUUGGACGGGGCAGUUUUGUCAAACAGAUGUAAACGAGUGUCUGUACAACCCCUGUCAACAUAACUCUCCCUGUUCGAACACUCCCGGAAGUUAUCGGUGUGACUGUUCCCCGGGAUGGACCGGUCAGAACUGUGACAGUGAUGUGAAUGAAUGUGAACAAUUUGUGUGUAAGAAUGGAGGCUCCUGUGCCAACAUCAAUGGGUCCUACUCUUGUCAGUGUACGGCAGGCUGGACCGGACUCCACUGUGAAACAGAUAGGGACGAAUGUGCUGAAGGAAGGUGUCAAAAUAACGCCAAUUGCUACAACAGUGAUGGAUCAUAUGUUUGUAUUUGUCCAAAUGGAUGGCAAGGACGAGAUUGUGAAAUCGAUGUGAACGAGUGUUUGGCCUCACCUUGUUCCAAUGGCGGCACUUGCCAGAACCUGCCUGGUUCGUUUGUCUGUCAGUGUGCUCCGGGCUGGACGGGACAAACAUGUCAACAAGAUGUGGACGAAUGUUUGAAUUCGCCAUGUCAAAAUGGCGGUCUUUGUCAGAAUGCUCUGGGAACCUACUUUUGUACUUGCAAUGCAGGAUGGAAUGGUGUUCAUUGUGAAAAUGACAUAAAUGAGUGCCUGGUCAACAAUAUUUGUCAGAAUGGAGGCGUCUGCAUCAACACUGCCGGCUCCUACCAAUGUCAGUGCCCCUCCCAGUGGACGGGGGACAAUUGUGAGAUCGAUGUUAACGAGUGUUCCAACAGCCCCUGUCUACACGGGUCAGCAUGCACCAAUGCCAAUGGAUCCUACUCAUGUAUCUGCCGACCGGGCUGGGUCGGUAUACACUGUGAAUCCGACGUUAAUGAAUGCGAUACCCCGGACCAAUGCAAAAAUGGAGCCACUUGUUUGAACACUGAGGGCUCCUUUACGUGUUCGUGUCCUAUUGGUUGGGCUGGAGAAACAUGCCAGAUUGACGUAAACGAAUGCCAGGCCCUUCCUUGCAUACAUGGCGGAACUUGUACAAACCUACCAGGGUCGUACCAAUGCCAAUGCCAAGCCGGAUGGACGGGCAAGAACUGUGAACAGGAUGUUAACGAGUGCCUGACCCAGUCGCCUUGUCUGAAUGCUGGUACUUGCACAAAUACUCAGGGUUCCUUUUUCUGCACGUGUGAAAGAGGGUGGACCGGAUAUGAUUGUAGUCAGAACAUUAACGAGUGUCUACAGAGUCCCUGCCAGCAUAACUCCACGUGCGUUGACUUGCAGGGUUUCUACAGAUGUCAAUGUGACAGUGGAUUCACCGGGUAUAACUGUGAGCAAGACAAGAAUGAGUGCGAGAACAACCCUUGUCUCCAUCAAUCCACGUGUAUCAACCUUAUGGGCUCCUACAUGUGCAUUUGUCCUGCCGGGUGGAUUGGGCAAAACUGUCAGAUAGACAAAGAUGAGUGCAGUGGCGACCCUUGUAAAAAUGGUGGCACGUGUAUAAACAGCAAUGGUUCCUACCAGUGCAGCUGUGCCUCUGGUUGGACUGGUGUCAAUUGCACAAAUGAUAUCGAUGAAUGUCGAACAAACCCUUGCAAGAAUGGCGCAACGUGCUUGAAUACAUACGGGUCUUACAUAUGUACUUGUGCCCUGGGAUGGACUGGGGUCAAUUGUGAAAGUGAAUUCCUCAUAUGUCUAUCGGAUACGUGUUUGAAUGGCGGUACUUGUUUCGAUCGCCCUGGAACAUUUUUCUGCGCAUGCCCUACCGGAUUCACUGGUCAAAAAUGCGAAACAGACGUCAACGAAUGCCUAGACCCGGUAUCCUGUGUACACGGCACAUGUACCAAUGGCUAUGGCUCGUUUGUCUGCCGGUGUCACCAGGGAUGGUCUGGUGCAAACUGUGACAUUGACGUCAACGAAUGUUUGACAUCCCCUUGUCAAAAUGGAGGCACGUGUUUGAAUAUGGCCGGAUCCUACUCGUGCGCAUGUGCACAAGGAUGGAAAGGCAAAAACUGCACAGAAGAUAUAGAUGAAUGUUUCGCCUCACCUUGUGUCCAUGGGCUGUGCAGUAAUUUACCUGGGGAUUUCCAGUGUAUAUGUGAGAAGGGAUGGUCAGGUCGCUACUGUGAUCAAGACGUGGAUGAGUGUUUGAGUAACCCUUGUCAGAACGGAGGUACCUGCGUCGAUAAUUCCGGAUCACAUAGCUGUAUUUGUCUGGCGGGGUGGACAGGACAGAACUGUACUAUAGACAUCAACGAAUGUCUACAAUCUCCGUGUGUCCAUGGUUCGUGCAGUAACUUUGCUGGGUCGUUCCAGUGUAAUUGUGAUGCUGGGUGGACUGGGGCAUUGUGCGACAUAGACAUAAAUGAAUGCUUACAAUCCCCAUGUGUCCAUGGUUCAUGCAGUAAUUUGGCUGGGUCUUUCAAAUGUAGUUGUGAAUCCGGAUGGACUGGAACACUAUGUGAAACUGACAUCAACGAAUGUCUACAGUCUCCCUGCGUCCAAGGAGCAUGCAGUAAUUUAGCUGGUUCAUUUAAAUGUAGCUGUGAAUCCGGAUGGACUGGAACGUUAUGUGACACUGACAUCAACGAAUGUUUACAAUCUCCGUGCGUCCAUGGUUCGUGCAGUAACUUGGCUGGGUCGUUUCAAUGUAGCUGCGAUGUUGGUUGGACAGGAACAUUAUGCGACACUGACAUCAAUGAAUGUCUUCAAUCUCCCUGCGUCCAUGGUUCCUGCAAUAACUUGGCGGGAUCAUUCCAAUGUAUCUGUGAUGCUGGAUGGACAGGGGCAUUGUGUGACAUAGAUAUUAAUGAGUGUGCACAAACCCCGUGCGUCCACGGCACGUGCCAGAAUUCCGACGGAUCCUACCAGUGUAUCUGUGACCAGGGGUGGACGGGCCCGCAGUGUGACCAAGAUAUUAACGAAUGUUUGAGCACCCCUUGUGUACAUGGUACUUGUACUAACACUUUGGGAUCCUUCCAGUGUUCAUGUGAACCAGGGUGGACUGGGACAUUAUGUGACCAAGAUAUCAAUGAAUGUUUGCAAUCCCCCUGUGUCCACGGACAGUGUAGCGACACUCUGGGUUCAUACAGAUGUACUUGUGACGUAGGCUGGACAGGGACCAAUUGCGAAACAGAUAUCGACGAGUGUCUGACGUCACCGUGUAACAAUGGCGUCUGUACAAACACUGAAGGUUCGUUCCAGUGUACGUGUAACCAGGGAUGGCAAGGACCUUUGUGUGAUAUAGACAUAGACCACUGUUCUAAUAACCCGUGUGUUCAUGGAACCUGUACAGACACAGGGGCUUCCUACAGCUGUACCUGUGAUGAAGGAUGGACCGGUCCAAAUUGCAGCCAAGAUAUAAAUGAAUGCAUAACAUUAGCACCAUGUGCCAACGGAGGAACUUGUCUGAAUGUUGAUGGCUCCUUCCUGUGUACCUGCCCAGUGGGCUGGACGGGAACAACCUGCAAAACAGAUGUAAACGAGUGCUUAGCAUCUCCAUGUGUAAAUGGUAACUGCUCCAACACUCUGGGAUCCUAUACUUGUGUCUGUGACGCUGGUUGGACAGGAACAAACUGCAGUCAAGAUAUUGACGAGUGUCUCCAAACAUCGUGUUUCAACAACGGUACGUGUGUGAAUACCCCCGGCUCAUUUUAUUGUCAGUGUCCAAUUGGCUUGUCUGGCGCCAAAUGUGAUCUUGUUGACAUAACGGAUAUAACGCUUGUUUUUGACAUCGUCAACUUCCCUUGGGUUGAUGAUCUUGCUGACAAUUCUUCAAUAAUAUUUAAAAGCUAUGCUGGACGAUUUUGUCGAGAUAUGGAUGUUAUCUUUGCCGUUCGAGCGGCUGACUACCCAGGGUACUUGUAUUGUAAUGUGGCAGCUUUUGGACAAGACCCUCUGAACAUAACUGUGGUCCUAACUUUCGGGGGACACGAUUAUAUCAGUGGAUUUGAGAAACAGCUACGAGGGGCAAUAUUUGAGACAACAAAGGAAUACCGCUAUCUGAACUAUAUUGUCCAUUUGAUUGGAGACGUCCUCAUUGUUUCUGGCAAAAUAUCACAUGAUGCUUGGCUUACCAAUAUGACGAUGUACAUAUAUGACGACUUCCAGUAUAAACCGCAAUAUUCUGAUAUGAAUUCUACAGAAUUUAAAGCUUUUGAGAGUUCAUUCUGUGAUGAUAUUGACUUGUUCUUUAAGAACAGUAACCUUACCUCACGAUACUAUCGAUGUUUCUUCGAUUAUAUUGGUGCGGUUCGUCCUCACACUUUGACCUUCAUCAUGGUGUUCAAUGGCACGGACUCGGUGUCACGCGAGCAGACAACAGGCGUGAUUAGUGCAGGGGCUCCCCAUUAUACGGUGGAAAACCUAGAUCUGAUGUUCAUUGGAUCCAAUUUCUUCUACCUGCACCGAGGAUACAACAAAAUCGCCAUUAACCUUACAGAUUUCACCACCACAUCCGCCCCACCUACCACAGAAAGUCCACUGAAGACGCUAAUCAAUAUAACCUUUGUACUAAAGAAUCUGACAUAUACUAGUCAGCUGGCAAACACGGAAUCCCAGGAGUUCAAAUCACUAGCUGUACCAUUCUGUGGUUAUUUAACUGACCUAUACUCUACUAGAGACAGAUUUAAAUACAUCUAUGAACUCUGCCAGGUUAUGGCUUUUGUCCAAGAGGGAGGAAAGGAUAAGAUCAACUUCAUCCUACAAUUCAAGGGUGCUCAAGAUCCCACAUUGCAAGAAUUCAUUUAUGGAAUUCUAAUCGAAAACGCUCCUAGAGCGAUUGUAAAUGGUGAAAUCUCUAUCAUCGUGGGUCCGCUGGCUGUGUUUGAUGAUUCUCUGGCCAUCAACCAGGCCACUGUCACAUAUUCUCUGCCACCAGAGUCCACCACGCCCAGUUCUCCGCUGACCGCGGCGCCCCUCGUGACUGACCCUUGUAAAGACGCACCAGACAACGCAUAUAUCCCCGUUCCCGGAAAAUGUCAUCAGUUCUAUAAAUGUUCUUUUGGAAUUUCCUACAUGUUUGAAUGUCCAGGAAACACUGUAUUUUUCCAGGACAGAAACCAAUGUGAUAACAACGAUGGCACAAUUAAAUGUUAAAUGUUAAUCAUUAGAACAAGUGUUCUUGGUUGAGAAAUCCAUUUUCAUGGACUCAUUUUUUAGUAUUUAUUCAAUUUUCAUGUUGACGUCAUCGCAUCAUGUUUUUUGUCAUAAUAAUUGGUUUUAUUUUGUUAACGUCUGCUUAUAAGUGCCGUCGUGUGCUUUUAAAUUGGCUUUAUAUACAAUUGUAUAUAUGUAUUGCACAAACUCGUGCUAUUUUUGUUAUGACUCAAAUAUUCUCAUGUUUUACGUCAGAUUACUUUACAUAUUGGACACAAAUAAAUCAAGAUACAUUUAACGCUGUUGAUCUUGUUCAUUCUAAGCGUUGAUGUAGAGUUUUCUGAUAGUUCAAUAUGGAAUUUUUGGCGGAGUGAUCUGUGUCAUAACUGAGAGUUAUUUUAAGAUUCAGAAGGAAAGCAUGCAAUUUUUUAAAGGCAUCUCUUUGUAUGAAAAGUAUGACCAUUGCACAGUCUUUUAAUUGCCAGCCGUUAAAAUCUUAUGCCCAAGAGCAAUCCCAGUAGCAUGUUGAAAGUAUGUGUUACACUUAAUAUUUUUAAACAUUAAGAUUGCUUUUGUUUGUAUUCAGGUACAUUCUUGGUGAAUAAAAGACGGAAGUUAAAA